AUGCGCCCCUCGGCGCCCGGGGGCCGGACCCGGAGGGGCGGAGCGAGGCGGGGCGGGGCGGGAGGAGCCCGGAACUCGGAGGCCGGCUCGCGUUUCCGGCCGGCGGAACCCAAGCGCUGCACGGAGCUCACCCGGAACGCGCGGACGGACUCGUGUCGCUAUGCCCGCGGGGCCCUCCCCUGCCUGGCCCGCAGAGCCCCGCACGCCGAGCUGGUGCUGGUCCCUGCUCAUCUGUUCCCUGCAGCGCCCGUCCCGAGGGCUGGGUGGCCUCCCGCAGGCGUUCGCUGGCGCCACGCGUUGUUUCCAGCGCUCCGUAUUGUUACUCACCCUUUCAGCUGCGUGGUGCUGCCCUCGGAGCCGGCCCUGAGUGCGCUGCUGGCCCGCAGGGAGGAGGAGUGGUGAGCGCUGCAGGACAUGGCGCUGGAGGAGGCGCGGGGCCGGCUGCGGAGCCUGCAGGAGGACUUCGUCUACAACCUGCAGGUGCUGGAGGAGCGGGACCGUGAGCUGGAGCGCUACGAUGCCGCCUUUGCCCGGGCCCGUGGCCUGGAGGAGGCCUGGCAGGCUGAGGUGAGCCAGCUCAAGGUGGAGGCGGCCAGGCUGAGGCAGGCGCUGGCCCGUGAGGCCGAGCAGCGGGAGGACCUGCAGCGGCUGCACCAGCGGGAGCUGCGGGAGCACCGCCUAGCGCUGGAGCGUGCCCACAGUGACAAGAACAGUGAGAUAGACCAGCAGCGGGAACAGUAUGAAAAGCUGAAAUGGAAGCUGGAGAGGAGGCUCCAGGAGCUCGAUGGAGAGCUCGCUCUGCAGAGGCAGGAACUGCUGCAGGAGUUUGAAUCUGAAAUGCAGAAGAGGGAGCGCAGCUUCCGGCUGCAGGCCGACAGCAUGAGCCAUGCCACCUUGACGCAGGAGCUCCAGGUUAAGCUACUGAACAAGGAACUCGCGGCUCUGAGAGAAGCAGGAGCCCAGGCUGCCGAGUCUCUGCAGAGCACCCAGACGGUGAACUUGGAGCUGGAGGAGAGGCUGCAGCGUGGCGCCCAGGAGCUCAGGGACCUCGCUGCCGUGAAGGACGCCCGGAUAAAAGACUUGGAGGGUAGACUCCACUCUGUGCAACUCACCAGGCAAAAAGAAAAGGAGACGUUUAGGAGGAAGCAUGAGGAGCUUGAUCGCCUGGCCCGGGAAAGGGACGCGGUGCUGGCAUCGGUGAAGAGCGCCCACACGGAGCAGCUGCAGGCGCUGGAGGCCAGGGUGGUGGAGCUGCAGGUCCAGUGUGAGGCCCUGGAGCUGCAGCUGCGCAGGGCAGAGUGGAGGCAGAUGGACGCCCUGAAGGAGAAGGACGCCACCCUGGAUAAACUCCGAGAGGAGGCGGCAGCUCUGAGGUCCGGCUGGGAUGCCCAGGUCGCUCAGCUCUCCCGGGACAUGACCUCCAAAGACCUGCAGGUCCAGUCGCUGCAAGAGGAAGAAGCGGAGCUCAAGGCGCAGCUCGCCAAGUGCCAGCAGGACACAACAAGGUACCAGCAGCAGCUGUCUCUGGCGGCAGAAAGGGAGCAGAGCCUGGAGCGCGAGAAGGUGCAGCUGGGCCUGGACUGGCAGCACCGCUGUGCCAGCAUCGAGAGGGACCACUACCGGAAGUCCGAGGAGCUGAUCCAGGGCCUGACUGUGGCCAGGGAGCAGGCUGCCGCCAAGCUCCAGGAGGCGGAGCGGAAGCUGUGUGACCAGGAGGUGCUGCUGAAGGCUGUGACCCUAGAGAGAGACCAGGCCGUGCAGGUGCUGAGGACACGCGGGCUCCUCCCCGAGGACGAGGGCAAGGCGCAGAUGCUCCUCAGGCGUCAGGAAGAAGAAAUCAGUCAGAGUUUUCCAUCGAGUGAGAUCCGGCGGCUCCAGGAGCAGAACACAAGCUUGCGAGACGCUGUUGCACAGAUGAGGACAGAGAUGGAAGCUCUAAGUGGCCACGCCCUUCCUUCUGCCCGGCGAGGAGGGGUGACCGCGGGCACACAGCAGCCUGACACUCAGGCGGCGGCAGCUGCCCCCACUCCUGAUUAUGUUCCGGCCCUUGAAGCAGAAAUACAAAACCUGAAGCAUAAAUUUAAAACCCUGGAAGAACAGCUGGAAGAGCCUUCGAGGGUGUCCUCGUCUAAUGCUGACAUUCAGCCCAGAGUCAGCACCUCAGCAGGAGCCACAGGAGGAACUGUGCCCGCUGCUGGCGCGUCCGCAGGAUUCGCGCUCCGGAGGCUGGGAGACAGAGCACAGCUCUUGAACUUCCUGGUAGCCCGGCUCAGGCAGAAGGUGCUGCAGGAACCCCUGGACAAGGGCACUGUCAGGUGUGAGCUUGCCCAUGAGGUGGACCAGGUGUGCCUAGAGGUGUUGGAGCUGCGGAAGCGGACGGCUGAGCUUGAGAAGCAUCUCGGGACAGCCCCAGAGGCAGGCGGGGGGCCUCCCAGCCAGCAGCAGCCGCGAGCCCCAGACACCGUGGCCCUCGGGAGAGAGGGCCCGGCAGACGUAGGACCGGCGGGCACCGAGGGCCUGGCGGUGCAGCGACUCCAGAGGAAACUGAAGGAGGCAGCCCGCAAAAUCCUGCACCUGCGCCUGGAGAAGGAGCAGCUGGUGGAGUUGGGGAACCGGCUCCGCGCCGAGCUAGGCCAGCCUGUAGGGACACCACGUCACCCCCUGCCUGGCCGCAAGACCCUCACCCCAGGUGACAAGACCCAGGCCCCCUCGGAUUGCGGCCUGCCUGUGGGACAGCUGCAGCCCCACUGCACAGCGCAGAAGCCACACGAGGUCUCCACAGUGACGUGCAGAUCAACUCGUCAGAAAGAAAACCAGUCCCCAAAGCCACACCAGGCUCAAGAAUUCCACCAGGACAAUGGCCACCACACCCAAAGGUCCUCGUCACUUGCCAGCAGCUCCCUUCAGGACACAUGGAAGUUACUGGACCUGGGCUCCAGCCCUUCUGGCCUCACCUCCCAGGAUGACUCGACUCCAGAGCUCACAGCACCUCCAGCAGCUGACAACCUCCCACACCCUGACAGCCCUGUGGCCAUCAAAGGGAUGAAGAUGAAAGGCCAGGCCAAACCCGAAAGACCCUCCAAGGCCCACCCUGCCAAACCUAAAGGCUACCAGCGGCCCCCUAAGGUCCGGAACUACAACUUCAAGGACUGACUUCCUUGGCUACCCUGCCCUCUCCUCCUGUCCGUCUCUCCCACUCCUAGUUGGCCCCUGGGGCCUGUGCUUUAAUCUUCACCUCAGGGAUGCGUGUGUGUGCCCACAUGGGGAGGGGGGUGCUGUGAGCUGCUGGGGUGCCUCACAGACCGAGUGUGGACUGCAUUAAAGCCGGUUGCCUGCUGGCCUGGGAGCUGUUUACCUGUCCUAUUUGGGAGGUGUCUGGGCAUCAGGACUAUGCCCAGGAGAGCCAGGUUGCCCAUGUCACAGCCCACAGGCGCCGGCAAGCCGCAGGGCAUGGAGAGCAGAGGCCCACCACAAAGCAGGUGGACCCCACAGAGCACAGACCGUGAGGAAUGAGGACCGUGAGGCUCCGUGACCCCACGCCAGACCAGAGACUGCCUCGCCAAGCUGCCCCCACAUGCUCUUUCGUGCGUGCUCUCGUGCUCGCGUCAGGGUGCAGCUGGGGUGGAGGUGGCCCCAGACCGGGCAACUGCAAGGGUGAGAAACAAACUUAUGCCCGUCACUCCAGGUGCUGCAAAGCCACACCCAUUCUCCCCCACCAGAAGAACAUGUCUCAGGGCACCGUCCUGACACCGUGGGUUCUAGGCUGUCACAGCCACAUCGCCUGUCUUGGGAGGGAGGGCAGUGUGGGGAGAUGUCCCUGUGCUCAACUCCCCUGGCGUUUGCACCUGGUUGGCACAGCAGUGCUGAGGGCUGGAGACAGGCCUGUCCUCACCCCAGGUGGAUGGAGCAUGACUGUGCCCUCAGGCUGCCUAGGUGCAGCACUGAUGCUUCCCAACGGGGCCAGCUCUCACCCAACAGGAGAGAGGAGACGGGGAAGGCUGGACCCAGCCCUCCCUGUGUGUGACCUCUUGGGCUUCAGUUAGCCCCCGUGUAAAAUGUAGACAGUGUCAUCUACCUGCCUGGCUCACAGGUGCUGCCGGAUGCAGGGCCGGGAGAUCACAGACCUGGUGUGCGGUUCUGUGGCUCAUGCCUCCCUGGGCAUCGGCAGUGUGCUUCACUCAGCCCCCUGUGAACACGCGGGCAGGGAGGUCAGCCUUCUCACGGGGCCAGAACUGCUCGUCCUGGGCGCGCGGGCUUCCGGGAGAGGCAACGGCGGUGACUCGGUCAGCGCCGCCGCCGGGAAAUUGCAAGCUGGAGCAGCUGCGCGGGAG